AUGUGUCCUAAUCGUAUUGUUUACUCUCGCGGUUAUUUAAAACGUUUCCAACCGGCUGAUUUACUAGUUUCUAACAAACUUAAGAAAAAACCUCAUGGUGGAUGGCAACGAGCUUUAAAGCGUACUCCAAUGCAUUUGAUGAUUGUUCCUGUGAUUAUGAGCACAAAUUGCAGAUCUCUACCAAACAAGAUUAAUUACUUGCAUCCUCUAUUAUACUCAAAUAUAUAUUGUAAUACUGAUGUAAUUACUCUUCAAGAAACUUGGCUGCACGAUUCAUAUGACGAUAAUUUAGUCUCUUUACCUGACUUCACAAUGUACAGACAAGACCGAUGCAGCUCAAAGAAGAAGGGAGGUGGAGGUGUGGCCACUUUUAUUAAUUCUCAGUGGUCUACUGCCAACAACGUCUGCUUCAAAUUCUCAAAUUACAACAUUGAUUGUAUAACUGCUAAAUGCCGACCCAAACACUUAUCUAAGUAUAAAUGCAUUUUUAUCACAAAUAUCUAUGUCACACCUUCUUGCAGUCCCUCAGAACUAUCGAUGUUUGCUGACGAAUUCACUAUUUUUGCUGCUGCUUCGUUUGGUAACUCCUUGUCUGUAGUAACUGGUGACUUCAACGCCAGUGACUACAGUUUUAUUACAUUGCUGGGUCAUGAAAAUGUGGUUAACUUCCCAACGCGACAAGAUACUUCGCUUGAUUUAGUAUUCAUGAAUGAUUCUGGAAUAUACGAAGCUCGUAAAAGAGCUCCACUCUCAAACUCUGAUCACUGUAUUGUACGAGUUCUACACAAAGUUUACGGAAAGUUACACAGAAAAGCCUUGUCUAACUUGUCCAAGAAAGUUGUUCACAGAUGUUACUCAAAUGAGAAUGUACAACAUCUUAGAAACAUGCUCAGUGACACAAGAUGGGAUCUGUUUAAUGUUUUUUCACUUGAUGACACUAUCUCUAAUAUUACGUCUUAUCUGAAAUUCUGUUUUGAAAUCUGCUGCCCAAAAGAAACACUAUUCGUCAAAUUCGACCAUUUUUCCUCCCCUCAACUUAAAAAGCAGCGUAGAGAGAAGGAAAAGCAAUAUAAAAUGAAAGAUAAAAGUGGCGUAAAAAGAACUAACUUCCUUAUCAAGUCUGAAAUGCAGAGAUUGAAUGUUAUAUAUAACCAGAAAUUCAUAUCCUGCAAAAAUGCUUCAAAUAUGUGGAAACUAUUUAAGGAAAUCACUGGUAGUAGGCAGAUAAACAAUAUUCCGUAUUCUUCUGAUGUAUGUACUCUUAAUAAAUCUUUUAUUUAUUCUCCCUCAAAUUCCAUGCUUCCCAGUAUCACUAGUGUUAAUAAUAGCCCCUUUCCAGGUUUUAACACAAAUGAUUUUCAAAAGUGCCUCAAGUCUCUGAACCCUUCCCAGAGCUUAGUUCCAGAUCAUGUACCUAGUAUUAUUUUCAAAAAGUGUUCUGAUAUUCUAUGUUACCCUCUCACUGAUCUGUUUAACAAAUCUUUUUCCAGUAAUAUUGUGCCUGGUGUUUGGAAAGACAUUAAAGUUGUACCCAUACCUAAAUCGUCUACUGGAGCAUGUGUCAAAUUUAGACCCAUUGCUAUUACCUCUCCUUUUUUGAAAACUAUGGAGAAACUACUUCUACUUAGUCUUGUACCUUCGCUUAAAUCCCUUAAUGACCCAAAACAAUUUGCCUAUUAG